AUGGUCCCCGCCGCGCCCCACUUCUCGGGCGUCCUGCUCGCCUGCUUGCUCCUGAAGAGCUGCCUGGCGUUCAAGAACGACGCCACGGAGAUCCUUUACUCGCAGGUGGCGAAAGCCGCCCUGCCCGGCAACAGCACCUUGAACCAAGCCCGGAACGGAGGCAGGCACCCCGGCUUCGAUCGGAACAGUCGUGUUCAAGUUGGCUGCAGGGAACUGAGAUCUACUAAAUACAUUUCAGAUGGCCAAUGUACCAGUAUAAACCCCCUGAAAGAACUGGUAUGUGCUGGGGAGUGCCUUCCUUUGCCAGUAUUGCCCAACUGGAUUGGAGGGGGUUAUGGGACUAAAUAUUGGAGCAGAAGGAGCUCGCAGGAGUGGAGGUGUGUCAACGACAAAACUCGCACCCAAAGGAUUCAGCUCCAGUGUCAAGAUGGAAGUACAAGAACAUACAAAGUAACUGUGGUGACAGCAUGUAAGUGCAAGAGAUACACCAGGCAACACAAUGAAUCCAGCCACAACUUUGAAGGAUCAUCUCAGACAAAGCCCGUACAACAUCAUAAAGAGAGGAAAAGAAACACCAAAUCCAUGAAGCAUACCACAAGUUAGAACUGAACCUUCAGAGUUAUAAAACUCGAACUCCUCAAUAGUCCACUGCUUUUACAGAUAUUGCUGCCUGAAUACACAACAAAAACACACAGACUUGCAUUGUUGCUUCUCAACUG